AUGUCCGCUUAUCAGUCCUUCAACUUCGGUCUUGAACUUGAACUGUCGUUAACCAGCAGCAAGAAGCACAAGACAUGGCUCGCCAUGGCCCAAGACACCAGCUCCCGUCUGACCAAGAAAGGAGUCAACAACCAGGUCAAGGAGAAAGUAGACCCGAAUUACCGCAAAUGGUCUAUCGUCCAGGAGAUUACCAUCCCACAGCAUCCCUCCAAGAACAACUGGGCUCUCGAACUGGUGUCUCCCAUCUUCAGCCUCAACUCCCCUUGGCUCGCCGAUACCGACAACAUCUUCUCCGCCGUCCAGAAGCACUGUUCCGUCCAAGACAUACCGCAGUGCAGCACCCACAUCCACGUCAGCCAGGCCGGACGGGACUUCUCCCCUCAUCAGCUCGCCGCGUUAUCAAAGGCAAUCCUGACCUACGAGGCGUGCUUCGACUCUUUGGUACCCGCUGACCGGGCCUCUGCGUACUGGUGUCAAAGCAAUAGGUGGAACCCCGUCUUAUCUCAAUGUCAAACACUGGAAGACUGCCUCGACCUCCUUGAUGUGGCAGCUCAGCAUGGUACGCCCGCGGUGGUUGAGGCGAUGUGCAUCUUUCCGGCCUCCAGCGCCUACGGGCGCGCCCAUGGGAGGAAGAAGGACUUUGUCCACGGCAAGGUCUACAAGUGGAACCUCUCCCGCCUCCUCGGAAACGAUCACGGACGCACCAUCGAGUUCAGGCAGCCUUCUGGUAGUACCUCCGCGGAAGAUGCCAUCGCCUGGGUGUUAUUGACUACGACUUUCGUCGCAGGGGCGACUGGCGGUGGGAAUUGCAUUGGAGCUUUGGAAUCAGGCGGAGACGAUCACAUGGAUUGGCGAAGGAACUCUCAACUCCCAUACACCGUCAACCCUGUAUCCGUCAAGAUGUGUCUGCUGAAGCUCUUGGCCACCGGCUUUUUGUUAGUGGCCACCGUCACGGCACAGAGCACCGUGCCUGCAUGGGGCCAAUGUGGAGGCAAUAACUGGACUGGCGGGACAACCUGCGUGAGCGGUUACACUUGCUCAGUGCUCAACCCGUACUACAGCCAAUGCAUCCCCGGUUCCAGCGCUCCAACGACCACCUCCUCCAGAGUCUCGACCACCGCCUCCGUUACCGGCGGAAGCACGCGUACCACCUCCCGGGCCACGACUACUUUCGUCACCGUAACCACUACCGCGGCUGGCGGCGGCGGUUCUGUCCCCACGACGCUGGUCUCUGGAUGGUACUGGAUCCGCGCCGUCGCCUCUCCCAACUUCCAUAGCUACCUGCAAGCCAAGCCCACACUGACCCCGAGCAAGGCGUAUCUCGACUCGCCGGGCACCGCCGGCCAGUUCAAGGUUGACGCGGGCCAGCUGGUGCACCUCACCGGGUCGUCGCCGCUUUACCUCAACGUGGAGAACCCCGCGGACAAGACGCAGAGGAAGCUCGAGACCUGGUUCAGCGCCAGCAAGAACACCUACGGCACGUUUGCAUUCCAGGGCGAUACCCUUACAUGGAGCACUCCUGAUAUCAACCGCCCUAACCUGGCUGCGUGGCUUGUAUGCGAGAACCAGGAGGUUUUCAUCAAUACUGGUGCUUAUUUAUACCAGACACCGGCCGGAUGUUUUGACCAGACUAUACACUCUUACGGAGGGUCCACGGCGGAUCUUUAG